CCCAAACAAAAUCAGUGUCCAAGUCAUCCAUCCAUCCACAGGCUGGUGCUGUUUCUGCUCCAAGACAGUAUUACUUCAGCCCUGACACUGGAUACAUACCCUGGCUGUCGGUGAUGCAUCUCUGGUUCCUGGUCAACUGGUUCCAAUGGCCAUACCGCUACAGAAACCCAGGCUCGAACCCGGACUGAGAAUGCCACAACCUGGACCUUCUUCAGCCUCGACCUUUGUGCCGCCUCCUGUGAAACCACUGGUAACUGCAGGCACUAAUGUCGCUAUGGUGACCAUCCCCACAGAGGAAGUUGAACCUGAGAGGUCCCCAGAACUAAGCAAGCAGGUGCUUCCUCCUGUUGACAUUGACAGCAUGUCGGAGACGUCUGCUCAACGCGAAGUGUAUAUUCAGUCUCCUCAGUCGCCCAGGAGAUCCCAGUUUGACACUUCAUAUCACUACCGACAACAGAGGAGUGAAGACGAGGAGGAUGAAGAGGAGGAGGAGGAAGAUUUCGACCAGUCUGGGGUCGGUAUAGCUCUACCAGGACACCAGCCUCCACCUGAGCCGGAGCCAUAUGGGCCAGAGUUCCCUCCCCCUGUGGCCAGACUACCCCAGUCCAUGAAGCUGGAGUCUCAGAUCACCUCCGACAUGCUGGCGGAGGACCUGAGACAGAGAGACUUGAUGCAGAACAAGGCCGUGCAGUGGAUUGAGCAGGAGUUGAUGGCGAGAGUUCUUACGGAAGUAUAUCCACUGCGACCUGCCGACCCCAUCCCUCAUGAACCAGCGCCAUCUGUCCACACCGAUGAGAGUGUGGAUGACGAGUCUUUACUGGUGAUGGACACCAUCGGUCAGACUGGCCUGAAGCUGUUUGUGGAUGCUGGUCAGCCGGUAGACAACCAUCUGGUCAAUGCCCUGGUACGUGAGGUCCUCUCCGAGCAGCUGACCGUCAUGCUGGGACAGCGCAGUCAAGAAGAUGGACUGACGGCGAGGGACGGUGAAAGAAGGAGGCAGGACGGUGCGGAGGAAGACAUGGCACGUGUAGAGGAUGAAGAAGAUUACAGUCAGCAGUUCCAGGAAUCACCUCGUCAAGGUCGUAUUAGAACACCACAGCCUACUCCAAAGACAAGCCCUGUGAUGUCGCCAAUGAGAGUUAUCUCCCCUCCUGUAACGCCAACUGGCUCUCCAGUAGAUGAUACAAGAAUGUUCCGUGAGAGUGAGCGACGACAUUUUGUGUCUCCACCACCACCACCACCUCAAGUGAUACCUGUCACGCCAGUGGUACCGCUUACAGAGCCCGAAUCUGAACCAGAAACUUCAGUAUCGCUAGACAUCAGUGAAGAGCUGCGUCAACUGAGAGCCAUCAGGGAGUCAGAAGAUGCAAGUUUCUUUCCAGACUCAAGGCAUGAUGUGGCCACGCCCAUCACUACCCCUCCCCCAGAACUACCCCAUGACGAGCCAGUCUCACCUCCCCCACCUUCCCCACCACCUCCACCACAGAUGGUAACUGUAGCAACCUCACCACCACCUCAAGCCCAGGUCCAACCAACACCUGAGGUACCGGCAGAGGUGACCCCGCCCCUCCCAGAAGAAACUCCAGACCAUGGCCCACCCUCCACCCAGGCUGACCAGAACAAGCCCAUGGAGACAACUUGGCGGAGAUCCCUGAAGACCCAGCAGAACGUCUGUUACGUUCACUCAGCGACAGAGACCUCUCUUCUGCAAGCCGCUCUCCAAAGCGCCAUCGCUCACCGAGUCCCCAGCGUCGUUCACCCAGCCCACAGCGCCAUCGGUCAGAGUCCAGGGAUGUCAGACUUCAGUUCAUCGCCGGUAACCAGCAUGACGGAGACCAUCAACGAGACGGUGUCGGAAGGGCAGUGGCUACUAAGUCGUAGUGAGGGACAAGCUGCACCCUUCCCAUAUGAAGAAAUGACCCGCCCGCGAGGUUCGAGACGUGCCGAUGUUAGCACUGCCAGCACACUGCGUGACACAGAUGACCUCGACCUGGACGAUACUGAGGUGUCUAAGAGUGAGGGUGAGUUCCUGUACCGUUCUGUGGCGGCGCCGGACCGGGACCCUGUCCUGCAGUACGUAAUGAGUCUCCAGCAGCAGCCGGCGCUGCCAGCCUACCCUGGAUUCAACUACGGUCAGUACGACAUGCCUCAAGGUCGUGCACAGAAUCUCCUCAACACCACCGGCAAGAGUCUAGGGGAGAUAAGUGUAGGCCAGGUGGCGCCACACAGGGUCACCUAUAUCCGUGCCAGCAAUGACAUGGAGGAGGAGGAGGAAGUAGAAGAUGGCUACAGAGGAGCGGUACAGGCAAGCCCCACUAAGGACGGCAGCCCUGUCAAGGACACCACAAUGAGAGUGGAAGACCUGAAAGAGAGCCGUAGUCAACAGAGGACAACAUCACCCACAUCUCGGUCCCCUCCUCGUAGGACGGACAGUGGUCCCGUGUCUGCCAUGCCUCGCAGCAGAUCUCCCACACAGAGAGCAAAAGCACGGAAGCCACCUCAGGCAACUCGGUUCUCAGACCCACUGGAGAUGACGGAGCCUCCCAGGGCCAGUUCAAAGAUCAUCUCUGUCAGGACAAGCUCCGAGGAGUUCCGGGAGUCUUUGGACAUGGAUCAGAUGAUGAACGGUACUCAGACCAUGAGUGAACAGGGUACACGAACCCUCACCCCUGACCAGAUGAACACUGACCACUACAUGCAGUCUGGGUACCUCUCACAGACCUUCAGCCAAUCUGAUGGCGGCAUGGGGUCAGGAAGAUUGACAGGCACUCUUGGCCAAUCGGACGGCAUGGGAUCGGGCAGACUGACUGGUACAUUCAGCCAAUCGGGCAGAGAACGGCCCCCGAGCCUGGGGUCAAUGCGGGCUUCCAGUGAAGUUACCGGUAGUCGUUCUGGAGGGAUAAGUCCAGACCGUCUAAAUUCUUCUGGUCGGUCACUUGGCCUCACAUACUCGUUUGAGAGUGAGGUUGGGGACUCCAUCAGUGAAUUUGAACUGCGGCGAUUGGCUAGUUCCGGCCCGAUCAAAAUGUCUGUGAAGAUGCCAUCUACAGGGCAUGCAGACGACAGUGAAGAUUUGUCAGAGAUUGACAUCACAGACAACAUGUAGUGACACCAUGUAGUGAAAUAGCUAUAAUUUAUUUUCGUUCCAUAUGCUACAUAUCAGUUCUAGGUCACACCCUGUUCAAGUAUGCAACAUUUCCACAUAUUAUGAGUUUGACAUAUGUUGUUAUAUUUACAUGUUAGGCUAAGAUUCAGUUACAAAUUGUAAUGAACUUUUUCCAGGUUUUUUCGUGUAAAUCAUGAUAAUGGUGUGGAAGUCCUAUCACAAUUGUAGUAUUUGUAGAAUGUUCACUAAUAUAAUUUAGCAGUAUAGCCUUUUAAUCGAUCAGGUCUUUGAUACUAGGUGUAUAGAUCUGCCAUUCUGAAUAAAUAACUAUGUAUAUUUUUCCAACUUUGGUACAAAAUAUUUCAUGUUAAAUUCCGUCCGUUUGAAUCAAUUUUUUAUACUCAUAAUUACAGUGUGCAUAAUUAGAAUGUGAAUACUGAUGUGUAUUGUAUAAACACUGGGAGACUCACUGGGACACUGACCUACUCAAGGUCAGUCCGUGCUAUCUCACUCCAGCCCAUUCUGUGAUAAGCUUACAUUCCUUGUAAUAAACACAUGAGAUUGAA